AUGGCACAUUUUUUUUAUUGGAUAAGAAUUACGAAUGCAAGUGAUGUUCGUCUAGUUCUUGAUAAUGAAAUGUUGAAAAAAAGAAUCGAUGAUCGAUCUGUUGGGUUAAAUGUUUAUGUGCAUAAUAAUUCAUAUCAUCUCUACGCAAUAAAUAAUACAGGUCAAAAUAUUCGAAAACUUAUAAAAGAUGGUUUAAUCAUCAAGAAACCGCAGAUUAUUCAUUCCCGUUUUCGUGUUAGAGAAAAAUUGGAAGCCAAACGUAAAGGUCGACAUACUGGUCCUGGUAAAAGAAAAGGUACUGCCAAUGCUCGUAUGCCUACUAGCGUGUUAUGGAUGAGAAGGCAACGUGUAUUAAGAAGAUUAUUAAGAAAGUACCGUGAAUCGGGUAAAAUCGAAAAGCAUUUGUACCAUCAAUUGUAUAUGAAGGCUAAAGGUAACGUUUUCAAAAACAAGCGUGUUUUGAUGGAAUACAUCCAUAAGGCUAAAGCCGAAAGAGUUCCCGAAGCACAUCGUCAAAAGGCUAAAGCUGCUCGUGAGCGUCGUGCUAAUCGCCAAGCCCAAAAGAAGAAUGAAUUACUUGGCUUAGACGUCGAAGAAGAACAACAACCACCGCCACAAAAGUGA